UUGGCGCCUCAGGCAUCCAAGCUAGUGAGCACUAGUUGAACUUUGGCGAUCCCAGUCAACUCGACUGGCAUUUUGGAACGACAACCCGACAUCACAAUUUCAGUCUGGAAGGAGCGACCAUCAAAAGCCUGCGUCACGGUAAUGCAGCAUGCCUCCGAGGGCGAAGAAGGCUGCAGGGCCAACGGCGGUCAAUAGCAGCGCUUCGAAGCCAGCCGCGCCCAAAGCUCCACCGAAGAAGAAGCCAACGACAGCUGCAGCUCCAAAGCCCACAGAUGAAGGUCAAACUGCGCCAGCAUCGACUGCGGCGCCGAACUCGAGGGGGACAGCCAAUCGCCCUGCGAAGAAACAUGCAGCGGCAGAUGACCUCGAUGCCUUAUUGCGGCCGUUCUAUUACAGCAAGUCCUUGACUGACCCGAUCAAUACCGCUCGAGACAAAUGGAAUCUUCUGCCCGCAUUCCUGCGGGUAAAGGGGCUCAUCAAGCAACACACAGAUUCAUUCGAUUAUUUCAUCGAUGUUGAGCUGAAGAAGAUCAUCAAGGCCAAUGAGCAGAUCAUUUCAGACAAUCCCAAAAAAUGGAUCAAAUUCACCGACAUCCGCGUAGGAAAGCCAUGUCGUGUCGAGGAUGCACGUGCAGGCUAUGUGCAGACCGAGGUCACACCCAACGAGUGUCGGUUACGAGACAUGACCUACUCCGCACCCAUCUAUGCCGACUUUGUUUACCCCCGACAGUCUGGCAAUGUUCGCAAGACUGAUGUCCUCAUUGGACGCGUUCCGAUGAUGCUACGGAGCUCGAGGUGUGUGCUCAACGGUCGAUCUGAGGCCGAAAUGUCGUGGCUGAACGAAUGUGCGGUCGACCCGGGUGGAUAUUUCAUUGUUCGCGGGCAAGAAAAGGUUAUCCUGGUGCAAGAACAGUUGAGCAAAAACCGAGUGAUCGUGGAAUCGUUCAAGGGUGUCAUCCAGGCUUCGGUCACCAGUCACACAGCCAACAUCAAAACGAAAACCUACGUGUUGCUCAAGAAAGGUCACCUUUAUCUGAAGCACAACUCUCUGACUGAGGACAUUCCGGUUGCGAUCAUGAUGCGUGCUAUGGGCGUGCAAUCUGAUCACGAGAUCUUGCUGCUCGCUGCCGGAAACGAUGCCCAGUAUCAGGACGAAUUUGCACCCAAUCUCGAAUUGGCCGCGCUGGAAGGAGUAUUUACUCAAGAACAGGCGUUGGAUUACAUUGCUAGCCGACUCAAGCCAGAUCGAUUUGGGAACAGAAACAAAACCGACAAGACACCGAAACAGCAAGCGCUCGAAAAGAUCGCUGGUACCAUCAUUCCUCAUGUAGAGGUCGAGGGGCUGAAUUUCCGUCCGAAAGCCCUGUAUGUGGCACACAUGACGAGGCGAGUUCUCAUGGCGAUGAACGAUCCCAAGCUGGUCGAUGACCGUGAUUACGUGGGAAAUAAGCGCCUGGAAUUGGCUGGCCAGAUGUUGGCGCUCCUGUUUGAGGAUCUGUUCAAGGAUUGCAUGCGUCAAAUCAAGAGCACAAUGGACAAAGUGCUUAAGAAGCAAAAUCCAACAGCUGAAUUUGACCCCGUUAGGAUCGUGGAACAGAUUGAGUCUCGAAUCACAAGCGGAAUGGAGCGUGCGAUCUCUACCGGAAACUGGACAUUGAAGCGAUUCCGCAUGGAUCGCGCUGGAGUCACGCACGUUCUCAGCAGACUGAGUUAUAUCAGUGCCCUGGGCAUGAUGACUCGUAUAUCGUCACAAUUUGAGAAGACCCGAAAGGUUUCUGGUCCGCGUGCUCUUCAGCCUUCACAAUUUGGCAUGCUGUGCACGUCGGACACACCCGAAGGAGAAGCAUGUGGUCUCGUCAAGAACUUGGCACUCAUGACACACAUCACAACUGCGGAUGAUGAAGGACCCGUACGAAAGAUGAUGUAUGUGCUAGGAGCAGAAGAUGUCACAUCCGCGUCCGGGACGGAGAUCUACGGCGCUGGCGCAUACAUCAUCUUCAUCAAUGGCACACCAGCUGCACUAACCAGACAGCCGAAGCAAUUCUUGCUGGGCUUCCGGAAGUUCAGACGUAUGGGUCGUAUAUCUGAGUUCGUCAGUAUCUUCAUCAAUCACCAUCACAACGGCGUACAUAUCGCCACCGACGAAGGCCGUGUAUGUCGACCAUUGAUCGUGGUCGAAAAGGCCAAGUCAAAGGUCACAACACGCUUUCUGGAAUCAUUACGGAAAGGCACCAUGGACUUUGACGAUGCUCUGUCCCGUGGUAUAGUGGAAUACCUCGAUGUCAACGAAGAGAACGACUCGAACAUCGCCGUCUACGAGAAGGACAUCACCCACGAGCAUACCCAUUUGGAAAUCGAGCCCUUUACCAUACUUGGUGCGGUUGCAGGCUUGAUUCCAUACCCUCAUCACAACCAAUCGCCCAGAAACACCUAUCAAUGUGCUAUGGGUAAGCAAGCUAUCGGAGCUAUUGCUUACAAUCAAUUUACACGAAUCGACACCCUGCUCUACCUCAUGGUGUAUCCUCAGAAGCCCAUGUGCACGACGAGAACCAUCGAAUUGGUCAAGUACGACAAACUCCCCGCUGGACAGAAUGCAGUCGUGGCAGUCAUGUCGUAUUCAGGUUACGAUAUCGAGGAUGCCCUCGUUUUGAACAAAGCCUCCUGCGAUCGGGGCUUCGGACGUUGUCAAGUGUUCAAGAAAGUAAGCAUGCCACUCAAAGCCUACCAAAACAACUUCCAGGACCGUCUCGCGGAUCGCGACCCGAACAAUCCUCGCCACCGCAAGAUUGGCAAAGACGGCCUGGUCGAAGUCGGCUCAGAGCUCGAAAACGGCGACUUUUACAUGCUCAAAGAAUCACCAAUGAACCAAGUCACAAUGGUCGACCGCAGUCAACAACGAUGGUCUCCAGCCUACAUGUCCUACAAGCUCCCUGACCCUUGCUACGCCGACAAAGUCGUCAUCACCGCCAACGAAGCAAACACCACAAUCCUCAAAAUCCAAACCCGCCAAACCCGCCGCCCAGAAAUCGGCGACAAAUUCUCCUCUCGCCACGGGCAAAAAGGUGUCGUAGGCCUCCUCGCCGAACAAGCCGACAUGCCCUUCUCAGAUCAAGGCGUCGUCCCAGACAUCAUCAUGAACCCCCACGGUUUCCCAUCCCGUAUGACAGUCGGCAAAAUGCUCGAACUCGUCUCCGGAAAAGCAGGAGUCCUAGCAGGAAAACAAGAAUACGGCACACCUUUUGGCGGCAGCAAAGUCGAAGAUAUGGGUGCUGUUCUCAUCAAACACGGCUUCUCCUACUCUGGCAAAGACACCUUAACAUCCGGCAUCACAGGCGAAUCUCUCCCCUUCUAUGUCUUCUUUGGUCCAAUCUACUACCAAAAACUCAAACACAUGGUGCAAGACAAAAUGCACUCGCGAUCGACCGGUCCUCGAGCCAUUUUGACGCGUCAGCCUACCGAAGGUCGUUCGAGACAAGGUGGUCUGCGUCUGGGAGAAAUGGAACGUGAUUGUCUGAUUGCGUACGGCGCGAGUCAAUUGCUACUGGAGAGAUUGAUGAUUUCUUCGGAUGCUCACGAGGUUGAUGUGUGUCAGAAUUGCGGCAUGAUGGGUUACAAUAACUGGUGUCAGAGCUGCACGAGUAGUCGUUCCGUGGUGAGGAUGACAAUGCCGUAUGCCGCGAAGCUGCUGAUCCAGGAGUUGAUGAGUAUGAAUGUGAAGGCGAGCUUGCAGCUUGCUGAUGAGUUCCCGCGCGAGGAAUAGCGGGUGCGUUCACCGCAGGAGAGGACAAAAGUCGGAAUGAUCAAAGUUCCAGAACAAAAUGCCG